AUGUUAUCAGGGUUCAGCAGUUUCACCACUAUAGAUCUGGGCCGUCCAUCGGGGAAGAAAGUGCCAUUCCUAUGCGGCCUCUCCAUCUUGAUGAGUUUAGGGUCCGGUUUGAGUUGAUCUGCCAGGAGUUUCUUGGCCUUGACUUCUGUGUCCUCAAUUCCAGCAAUUAUUCAAGGGCAGUCAAGUCUGAGUUCUCCUCAGACUUGACUGCCCUUGACCAGCGCAAAAACAUCCUGUGGCGUACUGCAUUAGCAUCAAAUAGCCCCUGCGAUAUGCAACUUUUCAGGGAAGUUAGGAACCAAUAUACACAAGCAGUCAGGAAAACAAAGGCUAACUUUUUCAAACAGAAAUGUGCAUCCUGUAGCACUAACUCCAAAAAGUUUUGGGACACUGUAAAGUCCAUGGAGAAUAAGAGCACUUCCUCCCAGCUGCCCACUGCACUGAGGCUAGGAAACACUAUCACCACCGAUAAAUCUACAAUAAUCGAGAAUUUCAACAAGCAUUUUGCUAUGGCUGGCCAUGCUUUCCACUUGGCUACCACUACCCCGGCCACCAACUCUGCACCCUCCGCUGCAACUUGCCCAUACCACCCCCCCCCCCCCCCCACUUCUCCUUCACACAAAUUCAGACAGCUGAUGUUCUGAAAGAGCUGCAAAAUCUGGACCCCUACAAAUCAGCUGGGCUAGACAAUCUGGACCCUUUCUUUCUAAAACUAGCCGCCGAAAUUGUCGCAACCCCUAUUACUAGCCUGUUCAACCUCUCUUUCGUAACGUCUGAGAUCCCCAGAGAUUGGAAAGCUGCCGCGGUCAUCCCCCUCUUCAAAGGGGGUGACACUCUAGAUCCAAACUGUUACAGACCUAUAUCCAUCCUGCCCUGUCUUUCGAAAGUAUUUGAACGCCAAGUUAACAAACAGAUCACCGACCAUUUCGAAUCCUACCGUACCUUCUCCGCUAUGCAAUCCGGUUUCCGAGCUGGUCAUGGGUGCACUUCAACCACGCUCAAGGUCCUAAACGAUAUUAUAACCGCGAUCGAUAAUAGACAGUACUGUGCAGCCGCUCAGAUGGAGUUCAAUGUGUCAAAUCGGAGGGCCUGUUGUCUGGACCUAUGGCAGUCUCUAUGUGGGUGCCACAGGGUUCAAUUCUUGGGCCGACUCUUUUCUCUGUGUAUAUCAAUGAUGUUGCUCUUGCUGCUGGUGACUCUCAGAUCCACCUCUACGUAGACGACACCAUUUUGUAUACAUCUGGCCCUUCAUUGGACACUGUGUUAACAAACCUCCAAACAAGCUUCAAUGCCAUACAACACUCCUUCAGUAGCCUCCAACUGCUCUUAAACACAAGUAAAACUAAAUGCAUGCUCUUCAAUCGAACGCUGCUGGCACCCGCCCACCCGACUAGAAUCACUACUCUCAACGGGUCUGACCUAGAGUAUGUGGACAACUACAAAUACCUAGGUGUCUGGUUAGACUGUAAACUCUCCUUCCAGACUCACAUUAAGAAUCUCCAAUCCAAAGUUAAAUCUAGAAUCGGCUUCCUAUUUCGCAAACAAAGCCUCCUUCGACAGUCUGUUUGCAGCGGUCAAACCCACUGGCGUCCAGGACAUCUAUAAAUCCUGAUAGGCAAUCCACCUUAUCUUAGCUCAUUUGGUUCACCAUACAGCACCCAACCAGUAGGUCUCAGCCUCCAGCAGGUAUAUCUCACAGGUCAUCCCCAAAGCCAAACACCUCCCUUGGGCCCGCCAUUCCUUUCCAGUUCUCUGCUGCCAAUGACUGGAACGAAUUGCAAAAAUCUCUGAAGCUGGAGACUCUUAUCUCCCUCACUAACUUAAGCAUCAGUUGUCAGUAGCACCUUACGAUCACUGCACCUGUACACAGCCCAUCUGAAAUUAGCCCACCCAACUACCUUAUCCCUAUAUUGUUAUUUAUUUUGCUCUUUUGCACCCCAGUAUCUCUAUUUGCACAUAAUCUCUUGCACAUCUAGCAUUCCAGUGUUAAUACUAAUUGUAAUUAUUUUGCACUAUAGCCUAUUUAUUGCCUUACCUCCAUAACUUGCUACAUUUGCACACACUGUAUAUAUAUUUUCUGUUGUAUUUUUUGACUUUAUGUUUUUUUACCCCAUAUGUAACUCUGUGUUGUUGUUUUUAUCGCACUGCUUUGCUUUAUCUUGGCCAGGUCGCAGUUGUAAAUGAGAACUUGUUCUCAACUGGCUUACCUGGUUAAAUAAAGGUGAAAAAAAAAAAUGUAUAAUGUUAUUGCGCCUUGAUUGGUUUUCGAGGUAGCAUCCUUUGGAAAAGUGCUUGUCAAGUGUUGUUUGGAAAAUUGAGAAAUCCUCAAACAUCGUUUUGAAUGCAGUCUGGCUGGUGACAUUCACGCCCUUUAGCUCCUCCACCUCCGACUGCGUAAAUUCCAAACUGUGUUUAAAUUCCAUUACAUCCUUAAACAGAUCAUCAACCCUUUUGUUGGUAGAAUCCAUAAAGAGUUGCAGGAAGGACUUAAAGUUAUUUUCCUGCAGGUCAAUUCGAUCUCUAUGGAAUUAUUUUUGUUGAUCGAGUAGUUCAUGGAGUGUAGUGCUUAAUACGUAUUCCUCUUCUGCAUUGAGUUUUGCGGUCAUUUCUUGUCUAGUAUUAGCCAUGCUACAAGCUUGUUGUGAGCUAAAAUUAGUUUGCGAACACAACCCACACUCUGCCUCCCAAAAACAAGCUAAGCCAGUGAAAUGGCAAACACACACAAGCAACACACACUUGAUCACACAUCCACCAGUACGAUAAACAGAGAGAAAGUGGAGAACUUGCUCAUUGUAUGGAUCCUGGCUGCACUUUACUUUACCAACUCGCAAGUUAGUGCUGUGGAUACAAGCAGUAUGUGGGGCAGUAAGCCAAAACACCGGUCAAAGAUGCUUGGGAGAGACAGUGGUAGGAGCAUUCGCUUACUCAUGGAACGAGCAGUGUCAACGAUGUCUGCGUGAACGUUGUCAGAGUCCUUCCGGGUGAAGAGUAGUUUAUUAAUCCUCUCUCUCUCUCUCUCUCUCUCUCUCUCUCUCUCUCUCUCUCUCUCUCUCUCUCUCUCUCUCUCUCUCUCUCUCUCCCCCAUCUCUCCCCCUCUCUCUGUAGGUUGCAGAUCGCCCAGGAGGAGCAUCGUAGUGUGGAGGUUGAGAAGGUAACGUUGGAGCAACGUCUGAGGGACGAGAUCAACGAAGCCAAGCAAGAGGCCCAGAGACUCGGUAAGCUACGGGAGGGAACAGAGAACGAGUGGAGCAGGCAGAAAUACGCUGAGGAAGAGUUGGAUCAGGUACACACACUGCAUACACACAUACAGCACACCUGUACAUACACACACCUGUUUAUACACAUACACCUCCACAUACUGUACAUACGCUGCAUACACACACACACACACACACACACACACACACAAACUGCAUACACACACACACAUAAAUAAAUACAGCGCAUUCGGAAAGUAUUCAGACCCCUUGACUUUUUCUACAUUUUGUUACAUUACAGACUUAUUCUAAAAUGGAUUAAAUUGUUUUUUUCCCUCAUCAAUCUACACACAAUACCCCAUAAUGACAAAGCAAAAACAGGUCUCAAAUAUCACAUUUACAUAAGUAUUCAGACCCUUUACUCAGUACUUUCUUGAAGCACAUUUGGCAGCGAUUACAGCCUCAAGUAUUCUUGGGUAUAACGCUACAAGCUUGCCACACCUGUAUUUGGGGAGUUUCUCCCUUUCUUCUCUGCAGAUCCUCUCAAGCUCUGUCAGGUUGGAUGGGGAGCGUCGCUGAACAGCUAUUUCCAGGUCUCUCCAGAGAUGUUCGAUCGGGUUAAAGACCGUGCUCUGGCUGGGCCACUCAAGCACAUUCAAAGACUAGUCAUGGCUUUGUGCUUAGGGUCGUUGUCCUGUUGGAAGGUGAACCUUCGCCCCAGUCUGAGGUCCUGAGCGCUCUGGAGCAGGUUUUCAUCAAGGAUCUCUCUGUACUUUGCUCCGUUCAUCUUUCCCUCGAUCCUGUCAAGUCUCCCAGUCCCUGCCGUAGGGAUGGUGCCAGGUUUCCUCCUGAUGCUUGGCAUUCAGGCCAAAGAGUUCAAUCUUGGUUUCAUCAGACCAGAGAAUCUUGUUUCUCAUGGUCUGAGAUUCUUUAGGUGCCUUUUGGCAAACUCCAAGCGGUCUGUCAGAAUGACCAUUGGGUUCUUGGUAACCUCCCUGACCAAGGCCCUUCUCCCCCAUGAUUGCUCAGAUUGGUCGGGCGGCCAGCUCUAGGUACACUCACACCAUAGAAAUAUAUAGAGGUCUCAUCUUUGUAUCUGUGCCAUUAUGUCUAGGGCUGUUACGGUGACCGUAUUAGCGCCACACCGGCGGUCAUGAGUUAUGACGGCAGUCAAAUUCCACGUGACCGUUUAGUCACGGUAAUUAGGAUUCUCCAAGCUCUGAUGAUACUGAUGGUCAAUAGUAGCCUACCAAACUUGCUAAUUGCCUGGUACUAAGAACUCUAUUGUCCCUCUAAUCACUCUGACAUCAAUGCAAAUGUUUCGAAAAUCGAAUCAAACACAUUUCUAUAGGCUAUGCAAAUGCGUAAGAAAACAGAGUGAAAAUGAACCACGGGAAAAGCGUCCUCCGUUCGCUAUUUAAGUACUUAGAUGACAUGUAUUUUUUUACCCCGCUCUGUUUCGAGACAGGUGCAUGAUAAUGCUCCAUUCUAAAUCAGAACAAAUUUCACACAUAUAUUAUGUCAAAGGUUUGGACAUACCUACUCAUUCCAGGGUUUUUAUUUAUUUUUACUAUUUUCUACAUUUCUACACAUUUGGAAUCAUGUAGUAACCAAAGAAGUGUUAAACAAAUAAAAAUAUAUUUUAUAUUUGAGAUUCUUGAAAUAGCCACCCUUUGCCUUGACAGCUUUGCACACUCUUGGCAUUCUCUCAACCAGCUUCACCUGGAAUGCUUUUCCAACAGUCUUUAAGGAGUUCCCACAUAUGCUGAGUACUUGUUGGCUGCUUUUCCUUCACUCUGCCGUCCCACUCAUCCCAAACCAUCUCUAUUUGGUUGAGGUCAGGGGAUUGUAGAGGCCAGGUCAUCUGACGCAGCACUCCAUCACUCUCCUUCUUGGUAAAAUAGCCCUUACACAGCCUGGAGGUGGGUUGGGUCAUUGUCCUGUUGAAAAACAAAUGAUAGUCCCACUAAGCCCAAACCAGAUGGGAUGGCAUAUCGCUGCAGAAUGCUGUGGUAGCCAUGCUAGCUAAGUGUGCCUUGAAUUCUAAAUAAAUCACAGGCAGUGUCCCAGCAAGACACCCCCACACCAUAACACCUCCUCCUCCAUGCUUUACGGUGGUAACUACACAUGCAGAGAUAAUCCGCUCACCCACAACGCGUCUCACAGAGCCACGACGGUUGGAACCAAAAAUCUCCAAUUUGGACUCCAGACCAAGGGACAAAUUUCCACCGGUCUAAAGUCCAUUGCUCGUGUUCUUGGCCCAAGCAGGUCUCUUCUUCUUAUUGGUGUCCUUUAGUAGUGGUUUCUUUGCAGCAAUUUGACCAUGAAGGCCUGAUUCACACAGUCCCCUCUGAACAGUUGAUGUUGAGAUGUGUCUGUGAUUGAACUUUGUGAAGCAUUUAUUUGGGCUGCAAUUUCUGAGGCUGGUAACUCUAAUGAACUUAUCCUCUACAGCAGAGGUAACACUGGGUCAUCCAUUCCUGUGGCGGUCCUCAUGAGAGUCAGUUUCAUCAUAGCACUUGAAGUUUUUUUGCGACUGCACUUGAAGAAACUUUGAAAGUUCUUGAAAUGUUCAGUAUUGACUGACCUUCAUGUCUUAAAGUAAUGAUGGACUGUCAUUUCUCUUUGCUUAUUUGAGCUGUUCUUGCCAUAAUAUGGACUUUGUCUUUUACCAAAUAGGGCUAUCUUCUGUGUAUUAAUUAUUUAUUUACUAACUCAUUAAAAAUGAUAACACAAGAUACAAACACGUACACGGUAUAGGUAGGGAUUAGAAACUUAAUACAAUGAAAACGGGUCCCUAGCGGACUAACACAAUAUGACACUUGUUACAAAAGAUGGCAAGUUAAAGAGAGAGAGAGAGGGAGAGAGAAAACACUUGGAUACACAUGGACCUACGCUCACACUAAUCCUAAUACUUUGCCCCAAACUGCCGCCCGUUUGGGAAGAAAAGCUAUGCAUAUACAGUGGUUUGCGAAAGUAUUCACCCCCCUUGGCAUUUUUCCUUUUUUGUUGCCUUACAACCUGGAAUUAAAAUUGAUUUUUUUUUUUUUUUAUCAUUUGAUUUACAUAACAUGCCUACCACUUUGAAGAUGCAAAAUAUUUGUAUUGUGAAACAAACAAGAAAUAAGACAAAUAACAGAAAACUUGAGUGUGCAUAACUAUCCCCCCCCCCCCAAAGUCAAUACUUUGUAGAGCCACCUUUUGCAGCAAUUAGAGCUGCAAGUCUCUUGGGGUAUGUCUCUAUAAGCUUGGCACAUCUAGCCACUGGGAUUUUUGACCAUUAUUCAAGGCAAAACUGCUCCAGCUCCUUCAAGUUGGAUGGGUUCCGCUGGUGUACAGCAAUCUUUAAGUCAUACCACAGAUUCUCAGUUGGAUUGAGGUCUGGGCUUUGACGAGGCCAUUCCAAGAAAUUUAAAUGUUUCCCCUUAAACCACUCGAGUGUUGCUUUAGCAGUAUGCUUAGGGUCAUUGUCCUGCUGGAAGGUGAACCUCCGUCCCAGUCUCAAAUCUCUGGAAGACUGAAACAGGUUUCCCUCAAGAAUGUCCCUGUAUUUAGCGCCAUCCAUCAUUCCUUCAAUUCUGACCAGUUUCCCAGUCUCUGCCGAUGAAAAACAUCCCCACAGCAUGAUGGUGUUCUCAGGGUGAUGAGAGGUGUUGGGUUUGCGCCAGACAUAGCGUUUUCCUUGAUGGCCAAAAAGCUCAAUUUUAGUCUCAUCUGACCAGAGUACCUUCUUCCAUAUGUUUGGGGAGUCUCCCACAUGCCUUUUGGCGAACACCAAACGUGUUUGCUUAUUUUUUUCUUUAAGUAAUGGUUUUUGUUCUGGCCAUGGAGUGUACGGCUUAAAGUGGUCCUAUGGACAGAUACUCCAAUCUCCGCUGUGGAGCUUUGCAGCUCCUUCAGGGUUAUCUUUGGUCUCUUUGUUGCCUCUCUGAUUAAUGCCCUCCUUGCCUGGUCUGUGAGUUUUGGUGGGCGGCCCUCUCUUGGCAGGUUUGUUGUGGUGCCAUAUUCUUUCAAUUUUUUUAUAAUGGAUUUAAUGGUGCUCCGUGGGAAGUGAUCUUCUGAGGACGGCUAAUCAGCCGCGUCGAUGAUCCCCUGUGGGGUGAUGAGAGCAGUUUAGUAGACGAUGGCUUGAAGAGAGUAACAGGAUGGUCCCACUUAAAUUCACCUUCUUAGAUACAGUACUUAGAACAGCUACUCAGCCAUAACAUUGAUUGUUAGUGGAGGCAACUUUGUCGUCUUCACCUCGUGUUGAUUUUCAGGGUCGGGACCAAUAUGGACAAAAGCUGCAGCUUGAGGUCCGUCUGAUCUGAUCAUUCUUAUCUCAAUCUUUUAUGCACUCUGGUAAAGAGGGGCAUUUCCGUCAUACUGACACGCUCUCUGAGCUCCCUCGGGCAUGGCUAGUUACGAGGCAAAAGUAUUAUCAUCACUAUGAUUUUAUUAGAAAGCUAAAAUCACAUUCCUAUCUUCACGAAAACAUUGUCUUCCUCCUUGAUAUUUUCUACCCAAGGUAAAGGAUGUAAGCCUGAUAUACACAGUGUAAACGCUCUUCAAGUCACAAUGUUUUCAUUAUAACGCCUUGAUACCAUUUUGAAUGGUAUCACAAAAUAUACAUACAUUUUCCAUAUUCCAUUUCUCAUCAUUCCCAAUGUUUGGAUGUUAAAAUAUAUUGUCCCAAUGUUCAUUGUUGGAUGUUGAAGUUUUUGAGCGACAAAAAGUAUCUGAAACAAAGGCAUUCCUUUCACCAUACUAGAAUGCUAGAGAUAGAUUCUCCUCCUCUCUAAUUUAUGGCAGUAUUAACGUGUCAAGACCGGCACAGUCCCCCUGUGGGUAAGAGGGUCUGGUUAUUGUCUGCCAUUUGCCAAGCUGAUGUGAGGCCUUUGAUCCUCACCCAGGGAGAGUCAUGACAGUGUUAUUUCAUAGUUUUGAUAUCUUCACUAUUAUUCUACAAUGUAAAAAUAAAGAAAAACCCUUGAAUGAGUAGGUGUGUCCAAACUUUUUGACAGGUAGUGUAUAUGUAAAGACAAUAUUAAAUCAAGAAUAGUCUGAUGGUUGACAAUAUUAGCCUAUCAUUAAAAUUAUAAUAUAUUAGGCGUCACUAUAGAUCCGGGUUCGAUCCCGGGCUGUGUCGCAGCCGGUCACAACCGGGAGUCCCAUGAGGCGCCACACAAUUUGCCCAGCGUCGUCCGGGUUAGGGGAGGGUUUGGCCGGCUGGGAUGUCCUCGUCCCAUUGCGCUCUAGCGACUCCUUGUGGUGGCCAGGUGCAUGUACGCUGACUUUGAUCGCCAGCUGUACGGUGUUUCCUCCGACACGUUGGUGCGGCUGGCUUCCGGGCAGUGUGGCAAGAAGCAGUGCGUCUUGGCGGGGUCGUGUUUCGGAGUUGCAGCGAUAGGACAAGACUGUAACUACCAAUUGGGGUGAAAAGUACCCCCCAAAACUUUAAGCACAUUAAUCCGCUUAACAGAGGGUGUAGAGCCUAACUGGCAUACAUACUUUUGAGUGUUCCCUGGGAUAUCAGCCCCCACUCUUCCCGGAGCAAGAAGAAGAGGUCAGCAUACCUUCUGCCCAGAUGUUCGUUUGUCGCUGUCGCCGUACCUGGAAGAGAGCCCGGGCCACUCUUCUCAAGACCACCUCCAGGUAUCGACGACAGGCGGACCGCCAUCGGACCCCUGCUCCCCGCUACCAUCUUGGGCAGAGGCUAUGGCUUUCCACUCGGGAUCUGCCCCUCCGGUUGGAGUCCCACAAACAUUCCCCCCGUUUUAUCGGCCCUUUCCCCAUCUCUAAGGUCCUUAGCCCCUCUGCUGUUCGCCUUCUUUUGCCCCGCAUCCUCCGUAUAAAUCCCACUUUCCAUGUAUCUAGAAUUAUACCCCUGUCUCACAGCCCUUUGUCUCCUGUGCCGGCUCUAUGCACACUCACUGGACUCUACCCACACACUUGAACAUAUUACACUGACACUCCAACAAACACACACGCGCGCACACUACAUACGCUCACACACACAAAACACACACAUGCAUAUUGACGCCACACACUCACACAUAGACACCACACACUCACACAUUCACACUCUUUCACACUCUACUCAUACGCUGCUGCUACUCUGUUUAUUAUCUAUCCUGAUAGCCUAGUCACUUUUACCCGUAACUACAUUAGGUAGUUGAGGUAAAUAUUACCUCAACUACCUCGUACCCCUGCACAUUGACUCGGUGCCUGUAGUCCUUGUAUAUAGUCUCGUUAUUGUUAUCUUAUUUAGUUACCAUUUCAUUUUUUGCUAAUUUUUUAACUUUGCAUUGUUGGGAAAGGGCUUGUAACUAAGCAUUUCAUGGUAAAGUCUACACUAUGGAGUCUCUGACAGCACGGGCAGUGCCAUUGAGGCUAUCUCCAAUUUAAAGUUGCAUGCGCCAUGCUCUACCAACUGAGCUACAGAGGACCGCCAUGUGGGUAGUGGACAAGUCCACACUUCAGGUAAAAAUGUAGAGUAUUGAGAUGCAUAGCCAGCAAGAGCCCAAACAUUGACAUCUAUUUGGCCAAAACAUAGAUGUCUAUAAUGUGCUAUACUGUACUGUACUGUGCUAUACUGUACUGUACCAUACUGCAGGGGUUUUCAAACUGGGGUCCGUGGAGGUUCUGCAGGUGGUCCGCAAUUUUGGGGGGAUUUGUUUUAUGUAAAAAAAAAAAUAUCGCUAGCUGCAGCAGAAUACCUUUGUGGACACCAUUUUUAUGUCUCUGCGUCCAGUAUGACGGAGGUAGUUAGAGGUAGUUUCCCACAACCAAUGCUAACUAGUGUUAGCGCAAUGACUGGAAGUCUACAGGAAACAGUUAGCAUGCUAGCUGUUCCUGUACUGCUAGCUGUUCCUGUUCAUCCAACUCUGGGGAAGUAGAUAAAGGGCUUCAUUGCCAAAAUCUCGAACUAAAAACAGUUUGUGUCAACUUAAACGACCAAAACCAGAUAGAAAGCAUGCAGUAAAGAUAUUGAACUAUAUAUAUUUUUUAAUAAUACCAUCUUGAGAACUAACAAUCAAAUAAAAGCUAGACAGUCAUGGAGAAUUGGAAAUUCCAAAAAAACAGUCAUUCAGGGCACAUGCCCAUUUGAUUUUGUUAAAAUGUUUGAGCAGAGGAACACAGCAUUAGCUAAAUGCAUAGAAUUGCAGGAAAUGUGCUUUAAAACAAAAAACAUUGUCUCUCAGCUCCAUGCCAAACUGUGUAGAAUUGCAGAAAGUUAGCUUUACAAAAGCAACAUUUUCUUUAGGCUGCCAAGAUACCUUUCUAGCUAAUAGACUAUGUUAGAGUUUACACUUCCUCUUCCAAUGAACUGUGCGGAGGUCAAAAAAAUUAAACUGUCUACCAAAUCUAUUCAUUUAAAAAUGUUGAUUACUUCUACUUGCCAUUAUCAUUAUUAUUUUUUUGCUAACAUAUGAUGGGGGUCCCUGGGUUGCCGGUUUGCCUGGGUGGGGGUCCCUGGGCAAGAAAAGUUUGAAAACCCCUUCCCUACUGUACUGUACUCUACUGUACUGUGCUUUACUGUACUGUACUGUACUCAAAUUUACUCUUACAAUUGAAGAAAGGACCCAUGGACUCUUGAUCUAGUGGUCUUCAAAUUCGGUCUUUCUCAACUCACUGGGCCUGGGUCUGGAUCUUUGGACCAAUGUCCUGUAUAAAUCUUGAUCUUGGCCCCUGAAUAUAGCAUUAGUCUUUGGUUUACAAACCAUAGGCAACCCAAUUUGAAGAAGACAAUGCUCUCUGAUUAUUGGCUGAUCACUCCCAACCCAAAGGAAUCCCCACUCAGUUGACUACUUUUAAAUAGUGGAAGCCCUCAAUGGCCCUCAAUGGCAAUGUCUUAUUUCCAUAUAGAGUCCUAUUUAUCUCUACAAUUGACACUUGACACCGAAACGCCUGUUAUUUUGGCAGAGUAAGGAUAGGUAAAGUGAUAAUUUAAACAUCUAACAACAUAAUAGAAUGUAUGCAUAAGUAAAUGUAUGCCUAAGUAAUACAAUCAACAAGUUUCAGAUUCAUACAAUCAACAUUGAACAUUUUAUAGAGAACAAUAGAGAUUAUAUUUAUCUAAAUUAAAUAUUAAAGUUUUGAAAAUCAGGCUAAAAAACAUGUUUUUAUUAUUUUGUUAAUUUGGUAUGCAAAUACAUUUAAAAAAUGAAAGAUUUGAGGUGACAGACAGUGACACAUGGACAGACAAUGACACAUUCAAUACCGCCUUGCACACAAUUGCCUGCAUCUAGCUGAUCUAGGGUGUAGUCAUUAGUACAGCAGUUGCAAACGACAAUUUCUAUUGGACAAAUUCAGGUAUGGUUAUCCCCGGUUUGUUCUGUUUGCUUCCGUUUAUGAAACGUUUUUCAACAGAAUCAGUGGUAUGAAUACACCCCUGAUCACGCGUAAACACAGUUCACUUUCAUAGCAGCCACGUUGUAUUUCUUCUCACUCAUUCAAUCUAUGCACUCUCCUCCUCUCACCUUUUCCGUUCGUUUGUGGACUUCAAUGCACACAACACAUCAGCUGUAAGCUGACCAGGCGAAAAAACCUACACAGCCUACAUCGUUGUCACCAUAUUAGCUAAAGUAACGUCAUAGCUAAUAGAACUAACGCGUUAGUAAACCCACUACAAUCAUGCAGUAACGUUACAGUGUAUAGUCAGUAAGCAGUUUAGCAGUUAAACUGGCGGGCCCCGGUGGCAAUAAAUUAGUAAAACCAAAAGCUUACCUUGACUUGGAAGAGUGCCAGUGUUGUGUUUGAUAGUCAUAGCCAGCUAGCUAACAUAGCAUGUUUGAGCAGGGUGUUUGAGUAGGCUAAACUAGUUGGCUGCAUUUGUGAAAACUGAAAGUGAAAGUGAAAAAAAAUGACACUCUUGCUUCUCCUUCAUUUUUGAAGAAAUUAAUUUGUUCAAAACUGUUCAACUAUUGUCUUUCUCUCUCUUUGAGUCAACUACUCACCACAUUUUAUGCACUGCAGUGCUAGCUAGCUGUAGCUUAUGCUUUCAGUACUAGAUUCAUUCUCUGAUCCUUUGAUUGGGUGGACAACAUGUCAGUUCAUGCUGCAAGAGCUCUAAUAGGUUGGAGGACGUCCUCUGGAAGUUGUCAUAAUUACUGUGUAAGUCUAUGGAAGGGGGUGAGAACCAUGAGCCUCCUAGGUUUUAUAUUGAAGUCAAUGUACCCAGAGUAGGAUGGAAGCUAGCUGUCCUCCGGCUACACCAUGGUGCUACCCUACAGAGUUCUGUUGAGGCUACUGUAGACCUUCGUUGCAAAACAGUGUGUUUUAAUCAAUUAUUUGGUGACGUGAAUAUAUUUAGUAUAGUUUAAAAAAUUUUAUUUUUAUAAAAUUCACUGAGGAUGGUCCUCCCCUUCCUCCUCUGAGGAGCCUCCACUGACCUGCAUACACACUUCUAUACACACCUACACACACACUCAUACACACACAUAGCAUACACUCGUGUGUAUGUCUGUGAGCGUACAUGGGUGUGUGUGUGUGUAUGUGUAUACGUGUGUGUGUCCAUCUGUUUGUUUGUGUGUGCAUGCACGUGUGCGUACGUCCGUGUGUGCGUAUACCUGUGUAUAUACGUGUGUGUGUGUGUGUGUAUCCAGGUGCGUAUGGCCCUGAAGAAGGCAGAGCGGGAGCUGGAGUCUCGGGCCUGCUGGUCUCCCCCUGAGGCCCUUAAGACAUGGCUGCAGCUGACCCACGAGAUAGAGGUCCAGUACUACAACAUCAAGAAACAGAGCGCUGAGAAACAACUACUGCAGGCCAAAGAGGGGGUGAGACACACACAUACAUACAGAAACAUUCACAUACACAGAAACACACACACACAAACCUGGUGAGAAAGUUGAUGUUGGUGGUUUUGUGAAUUAUGAUGAUGGUGGUGAUGAUGAUGAUGAUGGUGAUGAUGAUGAUGAUGAUGGUGGUGAUGAUGAUGGUGAUGAUGUAGGCUGACAAGAUCAAGAAAAAGAGGAGCACUCUGUUUGGGACAUUCCAUGUGGCGCAUAGCUCCUCCCUGGACGACGUUGAUCACAAGAUCCUGACUGCCAAGUAAGUUCAGCCAACUGACUUUACUUUGUUCAGCCAACUGACUUUACAAACUGACUUCACCUUUUUCAGCCAACUGACUUUACUUUGUUCUGCCAACUGACGUUACCUUUUUCAGCCAGAUGACUUUACUUUGUUCAGCCAACUGACUUUAAAUUGUUCAACCAACAGACUUUACUUUGCUCAGCUAACAGACUUGACCUUGUUCAGCCAACUGAUUUUACCUUGUUCAGCCAACUGAUGUUCUAUAGAAGGGAAAAGCACAUCUUAGUUAGCGAGGUGCAGGCCGGCAGAACAAAACGAUUCAUAAAAAGACGGUAGCCGCACACGCUUACAUUUUAGAAUUCAGUCAACCAAUGUUUUGACAGCAAGCUGCCUCCAUAAAAGUUUCUGAGUUCCAGCCAAGUGACUUUACCUUGUUGGGUUACACACCUGUACUUGAGGCUCUCUCCAUUUCACUCUCUGCCCCUUACUCUGUCUUCUCUCUCUCCUCUUGUCUGUCACCCUCCCCCCGCCCCCUCCCCUCUCUAGGCAGGCUCUGGGUGAGGUGACGGCUGCACUGAGGGAGAAGCUUCACCGCUGGCAGCAGUUGGAGUCUCUUACAGGCUUACCAUUGGUCAAUAACCCCGGUCUGCCCGCCCUGGCCAACGCCCUCAACCUAGACCCCGCCUUCCUGGGCCUGCACCCGCCCACCCCGCAGCACCUAAUCCUAUCAGACGAUUUAGAUGACAUGGGCGAGGAUAUCCUGUCCCCAGGGACGCUGCGGUGUACGUGUCAUCACUUUGCGCCACUCCGCCCACCGACACAACAUCACUCUGUAUCAUAUUGCGUAUUAGUGGCUCCGGGAUGAAGUUUCCCCGUGGUACAGAUCGAGGAUCAGCUUCCCCUCCCUCAAUCCUAACCUUAACUAUUAGUGUGGAAAAUGCAAAACUGUCCCAAGAUCAGCGUCUAGGGGCAACUUCACCCUAUACUGAAUUAGUGUUGCUGGCUGUGAAAGUGCAAUACAACCACCCUCCUGUCCUGUCCUGUAUGUGUACAGAGUUGAUUGUAUCAAUCAUCUCACACCUGUACACAGACAGUACAGAAGAGCAGACACACGUCUCACCUUCUAAUUUAGUUUGUCCAAAAAACACCUCUUCCUGAACAAGUGAUUUGUAUCUGUCUGAUGUGACGGAUUGUUGAUUUGUACUGGUGAUUUGCUGUGCCAGGUCAAUGGCAUCCUAUCUUCUCUCCACUCUGCCUCCUUAUUGGAUGAUCUCCUCAUAUUCUGUGUCCUGAUUGGUUGGUUUCCUCACAUUCAUCAUCUGUACCGUGAUUGGCUAUCCUCAGACGCGGCCUGGCAGAUGGACCGGCGAGUGAGUGACCUCUGGCCAAUGAGCGGCAUCUCCGACAGCCAAUCCCCAUGGAAGUAUUCUGGUUGGGCCCACCCUCCUUUACUCUCCUUGCAAUCCUAACCAAGCACUACCUCUGUACCCUCCCAACCCCCCUUUUCUCUUUCUUUCCUCUGUGGAUUCUCCCACACAGACUAUUCCACUACCUGUGGAAUAGUCCACUGCCUCUCAGGAGUAGGGGGGUUGAUCUUAUCUUGUGGAGAAGCGACAAGAAUUUGCUACUUUAUAUCCGCUUAUCACAUGCCCUCUCUCUUUCUCUCCUUCCCUCUCUCUUUCUCUCCUUCUCUCUCCCCCUAUCUCUCUACACAUCAGACAUUCUGUCCACCUGGAAGACUCUUGUUACUCCUUUUUCACUCUUCCUUCAGAAAGGAGUACUUAUUAUUUAUCCUCCUCUCCUGUCCUCCCUCUGUUGCUGACUAACCUCCACUUGCAGGUCUACAGCUUUUCUGUCCCUCCACAUAUUCUGGCUGGUACACCAAGAUAUUUGCACAUUGGGUUUUCUGUCAGAACACUUUAUUUUCUCAGAACAUACAAAAGCCUGAUAAAAUAAGAUUUCUAGCAUGUCUGUCACUUCAUAUAUACACUGAGUUUACAAAACAUUAGGAAUACCUUACUAAUAUUGAGUUGCACCCCAUUUGCCCUCAGAACUGCCUCAAUUUGAUGGCGCUGGAACUCUCCAAGGUGUCGAAAGCGUUCCACAGGGAUGCUGGCCCAUUUUGACUCCAAUGCUUUCCACAGUUGUGUCAAGUUGCCUGGAUGUCCUUUGGGUGAUGGACCAUUCUUGAUACACACAGGAAAUUGUUGAGCGUGAAAAACCCAGCAGUGUUGCAGUUCUUGACACACUCAAACUGGUGCGCCUGGCACCUACUACCAUACCCCGUUCAAAGGCACUUAAAUAUUUUGUCUUGCCCAUUCACCCACUGAAUGGCACACACACAAACCAUGUCUCAAUUGUCUCAAGGUUUAAAAAUCCAUCUUUAACCUGAUUGGUGGAUUUAACAAGUGACAUCAAAAAGGGAUCAUAGCUUUCACCUGGAUUAACCUGGUUAAUCAAUGUCAUGGAAAGAACAGGUGUUCCGAAUGUUGUACACUCAGUGUAUAUACAGUAUCUGUGCCGAAACUCUCAUACUACAACAGACUUCCCAUUUUAAAAUGAAAUCAAAAUGAGUUUAAUUCAAAUCAAAUCAAAUCAAAUUUUAUUUGCCACACGCGCCGAAUACAACAGGUGUAGACAUUACCGUGAAAUGCUUACUUACAGCCCUUAACCAACAAUGCAUUUAUAAAAUAAAUCAACAACAACAAAAAAGUGUUGAGAAAAAAAGAGCAGAAGUAAAAUAAAAUAACAGUAGGGAGGCUAUAGACAGGGGGGUACCGGUGCAGAGUCAAUGUGAGGGGGCACCGGCUAGUUGAGGCAAUAUGUACAUGUGGGUAGAGUUAAAGUGACUAUGCAUAAAUAAUUAACAGAGUAGCAGCAGCGUAAAAAGAUGGGGUGGGGGUGGGGGGGCAGUGCAAAUAGUCCAGGAGUCUUAUGGCUUGGGGGGUAGAAGCUGUUGAGAAGCCUUUUGGACCUACACUUGGCGCUCCGGUACCGCUUGCCGUGCAGUAGCAGAGAGAACAGUCUAUGACUAGGGUGGCUGGAGUCUUUGACAAUUUUGAGGGCCUUCCUCUGACACCAUUGCUGCAUUUUCAAUGUACAUUAUAUUAAUAACUUUUUUUUAAAGAAUAUAAACUAUUGGAACCAAGACUUAAAAGGAACUAGAGGGUGGGACUAAAAACAACAAGAUAACUAAUGUAAAAUAUACUGUGUCCGUAAAAUGUACACUACCGGUCAAAGGUUUUAGAACACCUACUGAUUCAAGGGUUUUUCUUUAUUUUUACUAUUUUCUACAUUAUAUAUUUGAGAUUCUUCAAAUAGCCACCCUUUGCCUUGAUGACCGCUUUGCACACUCUUGGCAUUCUCUCAACCAGCUUCAUGAGGUAGUCACCUGGAAUGCAUUUCAAUUAACAGGUGUGCCUUCUUAAAAGUUAAUUUGUGGAAUUGAUUUCCUUCUUAAUGUGUUUGAGCCAAUCAGUUGUGUUGUGACAAGGUAGGGAGGGUAUACAGAAGAUAGCCCUAUUUGGUAAAAUACCAAGUCCAUAUUAUGGCAAGAACAGCUCAAAUAAGCAAAGACAAACGACAGUCCAUCAUUACUUUAAGACAUGAAGGUCAGUCAAUGCGGAACAUUUCAAGAACUGAACGUUUCUUCAAGUGCAGUCGCAAAAACCAUCAAGCGCUAUGAUAAAACUGGCUCUCAUGAGGACCGCCAAAGGAAUGGAAGACCCAGAGUUACCUCUGCUGUAGAGGAUAAGUUCAUUAGAGUUUUCCAGGCUCAGAAAUUGCAGCCCAAAUAAAUGCUUCACAGAGUUCAAGUAACAGACACAUCUCAACAUCAACUGUUCAGAGGAGACUGUGUGAAUCAGGCCUUCAUGGUCGAAUUGCCUCAAAGAAACCACUACUAAAGGACACCAAUAAUAAGAAGAGACCUGCUUGGGCCAAGAAACACAAGCAAUGGACAUUAGACUGGUGGAAAUGUGUCCUUUGGUCUGGAGUCCAAAUUUGAGAUUUUUGGUUCCAACCGCCGUGUCUUUGUGAGACGCGGUAUAGGUGAACGGAUGAUCUCCGCAUGUGUAUUUCCCACCAUAAAGCAUGGAGGAGGAGGUGUUAUGGUUUGGGGGUGCUUUUCUGGUGACACUGUCUGUGAUUUAUUUAGAAUUCAAGGCACACUUAACCAUCAUGGCUACCACAGCAUUCUGCAUCGAUAUGCCAUCCCAUUUGGUUUGGGCUUAGUGGGACUAUCAUUUAUUUUUCAACAGGACAAUGACCCAACACACCUCCAGGCUGUGUAAGGGCUAUUUCACCAAGAAGGAGAGUGAUGAAGUGCUGCAUCAGAUGACCUGGCCUCCACAAGCCCCCGACCUCAACCAAAUUGAGAUGGUUUGGGAUGAGUUGGACCGCAGAGUGAAGGAAAAGCAGCCAACAAGUGCUCAGCAUAUGUGGGAACUCCUUCAAGACUGUUGGAAAAGCAUUCCAGGUGAAGCUGGUUGAGAGAAUGCCAAGAGUUUGCAAAGCUGUCAUCAAGGCAAAGGGUGGCUAUUUGAAGAAUCUCAAAAAUAAAAUAUAUUUAGAUUUGUUUAACACUUCUUUAGUUACUACAUGAUUCCAAAUGUGUUAUUUCAUAGUUUUGAUGUCUUCACUAUUAUUCUACAAUGUAGAAAAUAGUAAAAAUAAAGAAAAACCCUUGAAUGAGUAGGUGUGUCCAAACUUUUGACUGGUACUGUAUAUACUGUAUUUACAAAAAAAAUAUAUGGGGAAUUGGAAAUGAUGCAGACAAUGACAUUGAUGGAAGCUACAAUCUAUCUGCAAUAUUAAAGCUGAUCUACCCCCUAAAAAAUAAAUAAAUAAAUAAAAAAUACUUAAAAGGAACUGUUGGAGCAUAACUAACGAAAUUACCGUUAAAGGAAAUGUACGCUUAAUCCAAUAUAAACAAAUGUAUAGAAUUCAUUAUACAAGAGACAUAAUUCACAAAUUCUACAGCACAAUGACAGAGUCAUGUCUUAAGUGUAAAACGAAUAUUGACUCAAUAAUCCAUGCUUUCUGGGAAUGCUAUAAAGUCCAAAAGUUAUGGGCGGAGCUAGAAAGUUGUCUGUCAGAAGUACAAUGUAAAUGUACUUUUAAUCCGUCUGUCUGCAUAUUUCAAGACAUGGCAUAUGGGGGUGUAGUGAGAUACCCAAUGGGAAAAAACGUAUACUAAAACAUGGAAAUCAAUCAAUCCGCCAUCAUUGGAAAAAUUUUAUGAUUUAUUAUUGAAAUAUUGAAAUAGCAUGGUUGACCGAGGAACACUAAUUGGUGCAAUUUAAGGCCAAGUGGCAAACAAUAAUGCAGGCACUAGGGAUGGGGGUGUGAGCAUGCGGGUCUGGACAGAUGAGAUGUAGUCGUUUGUGUGCGUCUGUAAGUUGUUGUUCGUAUGUAUAAGGCUGUAUUUGGAAAAAAUUAGCAAACAUUACUGUAAACAUACAUGGGACUCUGUCUGCUAAGGACUUUUGUAUUUUUCCAACGGUGCAGUUGAGUCUGGCCCUGCACACUCCCACCUCCAGUCUCAGCUUCAUUAUGCCUAAACACUCCCAGGCUUUAUCAGUACAGUAUCAUACCCUUAAAUCACAUCCCUCUCUGUGGAGGAUAAUACUGUAUUUGCGUAUCAUUGUGCAAUAAGGAUGUGUGUGCAUGUGUGUCUGCAGUAUACAGUGUAUAACGUUUUUGUGUUCCUUCCCUCCUUAAGCUCCCAACCUGAUGCCCCUGCGACAGCGGCCGGGAGACCCCUCGCUGGCCCUGGGCUUUCAGAGGUUGGUAGAGGGGCUGGGCUCACCCGGAGGUCCUCAGGGCAAGCGGUUUUGCAGCCACUCCAUUGGCCAGCUGGAGUUCCUUCCUAUGCAUUCUCUCUCUUCCGCCCUCCCUCUCCCAUCCCUCCCCACUCGCUGUCUGUUUUUCCACUCUGCUCUUCCGCUCCUCCUAUUUCCAGUCUCUGGAGGCUUUUUCUGAUCUCCCACCCACAGGGGGCGCUACAGCCAGUCCACAACGCUCUGGUAGCUUUGGGUACACACACAAACACAGCCAGCAGCUUUGUGUACACACACACACACACACACACACACACACACACUCACAGCCAGACCCCAACACUCAGACUCCUGCAGCUUUGGGUACCCAUCUCUCUCAGCAUGGCGACACGCUCAAGCAUAGAGUAACACACACACCCAGUCAUGCAAGCACACAUACACACACACACACACACACACACACACACACACUCAGCAUGACUUGGAUGAGCUGACCUGGCUUGACCCAUGCAUGUUUCUCAUAUAUGUCUCUUUUAUGAGAUUUUGUAGUUGCAUUAUCAUAUGCAUUAUAUUUUUACAUUUUAGUCAUUUAGCAGACACUCUUAUCCAGACCGACUUCCCUUCUUCUCUUUAUUCUCCCCUCUCCAUUCCUUACCUUGCCCGUCUCCCUUUACCCCCCCCCCUCCCUCACCCCUCUCCCUUUACCUCCCCCUCCCUCACCCCUCUCUCUUUACCUCCCCCCUCCCUCCCUCACCCUCUCCCUUUACCUCCCCCUCCCUCACCCCUCUCCCUUUACCUCCCCCUCCCUCACCCCUCUCCCUUUACUUCCCCCUCCCUCACCCCUCUCUCUUUACCUCCCCCCUCCCUCACCUAUUUACAUUUGACAUUUUAGUCAUUUAGCAGACGCUCUUAUCCAGAGCGACUUACAGUUAGUGAGUGCAUACAUUUCAUACUUUUUUCAUACCUAUCUUCCUUUACCUAACUCAGGGAUGGGCAACUUUGAUGGGGGUGGGGCCCAAAUAAAUCUGAACUGAUUAUGAGGGGCUGCAGUGGUCUGCGUACCCACAUCCAUACCCAAACAUGCAGCCAGAGCUGGACCUAGCCUUUUGGUGGCCCUAAGCUAAAUGUUUUACAUUUUGGAAAUUGAUCCGCAGGCCUGCAAAAGUUGCCCAUCCCUGACCUAACUCAUCCCUCACCCCUCUCCAUUUAACUACCCCAUCCCUCACCCCUCUCCAUUUAACUACCCCAUCCCUCACCCCUCUCCAUCCCCUAAUCCAGUAUGUGCUCCCCCCGCUAACUGCAUUUAUCUGUAGAUCUAGUUUCUAGAGUAAAGAUCUGAUUUCAAUUUGCUGCUUUUUAUAAGCUUGUUUUUACUGACAAUGUUUUAUGUAUCUUAUCAGCCUCUCUCUCUCUCCCUCUCUCGCUCUGUCUCUCCCUCUCUCUCUUGCUCUUCUCUCCAUCCCUCAGGGAUCUGAACCGGUCUGACUCAGACUCCUCCCUCUUCCUGUCCCAGAGCGAAUCACAGCGCACCUAUAUAUCUAAGCCCCUCCCCCUCCCAUCAAAGCCCCUCCCCCAGCAGGGCCACAGCUCCAAUGGGAGCAGGGCUCGCAUCGACAGCCCCCUGAUGAUGUCAUAUGGCCUGGAGAAGAGCUCCAGUCUCGGGGAGCUCCGCGGCGGAGGAAGUCCCACCCUCGCCCCUGCUUACUCCACACACUCCCUAUGCCCCGCCUCCUUUAACCCUGAUGCGCAGUCGGGGAAGGGGGACAGCCGUAUCCCCAACAUGCAGGCCAAGAAGAGCCCCCUGGAAGAGGACAGCUGUUCCACGGGCGAAGAGAUCGACUCGGCCAACGGGCGCAAGAAACACACCUUCACAAUCUUCAAGAAGAGGAAGUAG